CACGUGACCUCGCGAGCUAGUCACACUCUUGUGGCUGUUUGAGCGAGCGCGAGCGCCAACUUCAUUCAAGAUGGUUUGACUGCAUCAACAUACACAGCUCGCUCUGAAAUCAAAUACACCUCUAGGCCGAGUAUUUUGUUGAAGACUGACAUCAGCACUAGUUUCACACAGAACCCGUUCUACCCAGCACGAUGAACAACACGGACGACAUGUUGUACAUACUGCGCAAGCACAACCAGCAGUUCGCCAACCUGAUGCUGCCUGCGAUGGGCCUGCUGGGGACGCUGAUGGGCAUAGGGCUGAUCGGAAACCUGCUGGUCCUCUACAUCUACCAGGCCAAGCUGAAGCACAACACCACCCGCAGCUUCGUGCUGACCCUGGCCAUGGUUGACCUCAUCAGCUGCACCGUGGCCAUGCCCGGAGAGAUCGUCGACAUGCUGCAGAACUACACGUUCGGGACGUCGCCCGCCUGCAAGAUGAUGAGGACCAUCAACUCGUUCUCGGCGUUUGCGUCCGGGAUCAUCCUCUUCGUGGUGGCCGUCGACCGAUACAAGAAGAUCUGCAGUCCCCUUGGUCACCAGAUCUCCACCAGAAGUGCCAACGUCAUCAUUCUCAUCUGCUUCGUCAUAUCGCUGCUUCUUUCGCUACCUGGCGUUUUUCUAUAUGGGGAGAAAACCGUGUUAAUCGGAGAUGGAUCCGUUAAUGGAUCCGAUUGUUCCACACAAGACAGAUAUCAUGGGACGAGUUGGCCGAUUAUGUACAACUCUCUGCAGUUUUGCGUGUUUGUGAUAGGCGCAGUGGGUCUGAGUAUUUUGUACUUUUUCAUUGGUAAACGGAUAUGGCGUCACAGGAGGUUUCAGACUAAAGGGAUAAGACCGUCGGCUAAAAGCAGUUCUUCCGGUACGGACAGCAGCCACAACUCUACGGAGGCGGCCGGCUCUCCGACCUACGUCUACACCAACAACAGAGGAGCACCCCAGUUCUUUAACGACCCCCAGGACGAUUGUUCAACGGUGACAGAAAAACACAUCUUCUUAAGCCGGAAUCACUCCAGGAUCUGUACCUGUCAGACAACUCCAGAGGAAGAAUCCAACUCUUUGAAGUGGCCCAUAACCGACAAAGACAUUCCAAAGUUGAAUGGUUACGACGAAAAAUCAAACAGUAAAAUGAAACCCCAAUGCCGAGAGAGCUCAAUCAACCGAUUUAGAAGAAUCAGUAUGUUUGGUUUUGGAAGGGAGGCCAGUCAAAAUGAACGCAGUGCGUGUCCACGAUGUGCAGCACACCGAGACCAAGGCACCAUCGGAAAACGAAACCCAAGCGGUCUAUCUCAGAACUCGAAACUGUCGUUUGACAGGCAGCAUUCCACCGAGUCUGGAGUCUCGAGAAGGGAAUCGAACGCAAGGAAGACAACUCUGAUGCUGUUUGUAAUCACUGUCGUGUACAUACUGAGCUUCCUGCCCCACCUCGUGCUGAUGGCCACGAAGGCCCUGGACAAGAAUUCUCUGAGUGGAGAAGGGGGCGCCACAGAGCUGGUACACAACAUUAUCAUACGAUCGUACUUCAUUAACAGUGUCGCCAACCCAAUCGUCUACGGUCUAUGCUGUCAACGAUUUAGAACUGAGCUAGUCAAACUCCUCACCUGUAAAUCGUGUAGAUGAAUGCUUGUGUCGGAACUUGUGUAGGAACUUUCUGUAUACAUACAUCUUUUUACACUAUCUGAUAAAUUUCCUAUUUUGGUAUUAUUUAAUAUAUUACUAGUCUUAAUAUAUAUUUAAAAACAAUGAUUUUAAAUGAAUCGCUUCUCCGCUGGGAAUUGAAAGACACACAUGAAAUAAAUCUCAAGUGAGUUCAGGAGGUCGAGCGCUCACCGUCACUUGCUAGACUGGUUUUUGCGCCUAACGUUAAUUGGAUACCUUAGGAAGGUGAAAACCCAUCGAACUGUCCGUGAUGCUAGCUCUCCUGAACCUGGCAAUGAUGUGAUGAGUGGUACACACGUAUCAAACGACUAUCAUGUAGAAACUUAGUUUUUUGUGGUUAUAAAAAGAGCCAGAUUUCAUAAUCAGGAAGGGUAUCAGAGGAAUAUAUGAGUGUAUAUGAAAUUGUAGGAAAAAAUAUCCCUAGCGAGUUGGGACAAGAAUGUAAAUUUGCGAAAACAGUGGAUGUGUUCUGGUCAUGCAUUCCGGCAACUCUUCCCUCAAAUAUUGGGACGGUCGCUCUGUGCCGUAGACGUGCCCGUUCUUCUUGUUUGAUUCCAGUUGUACAUAUUUAUAUUUCACUAAAUGUUUACCAAGUCUUGAAUAGUAAUAUGUAAUUCGCAAACGUUUCGUAUUGUCAUCAUUUUCAUGUUGUUUAUGUAUAUUACAUGAUCGUGUUUAUCCCCCUUUGUUAAACGUUUCGUAUUGUCAUAAUUUUCAUGUUGAUUGUGUAUAUUACAUGAUCAUGUCUAUCCCCUUGGGUUAAACGUUUCGUAUUGUCAUCAUUUUCAUGUUGAUUGUGUAUAUUACAUGAUCGUGUCUAUCCCCUUUGGUUAAACGUUUCGUAUUGUCAUCAUUUUCAUGUUGAUUGUGUAUAUUACAUGAUCGUGUCUAUCCCCUUUGGUUAAAGACAAAUUGCUCGGAUUAUUCCACUGAAAUCUUUAUUGUGGCUUUCAUCUAUUUGAUGAAAAAUAAGUGCUUUUUAUUUAUUAUUUUGUAUCAUUACAUCAUUGACACGUGUUGAAAAGUGCUUUGACUUUACUUUGAGAUUCUACACUAAUAUAUUUAUUGAGUACGUCAAGUAUAAAAAAAUCCGUCAUAUUAUAUAUAUAUAUAUAUAUAUAUAUAUAUAUAUAUAUAUAUAUAUAUAUAUAUUCUUCAAAAAAGUAGGGGAACUCUAUUAAGAAUUUACAACUGCCAAAAUUGUAAGGUAUAUUAGCUAUGGGGAAUAGCGAAUUAAUUGCGCAAACAUUACAACAGGUAGUUCAUUAUUACAGUAAGUUUUAUGACCACCAAAGAUCCUGAAGGACGACUGGGGUCAAAAGUGAAUCAGUAAAUCGCAAAUUCAAAACAAUAACAACUGUAUGAUCAACAAAAUGAAAAAGAAUGACAGAAAUAAUGUUCCAC